AUGCCCGGUAACAAGCUCACCAUCGGUAACGUUGAGAUCACGUCCCUCUCCGACGGGCUCCUGGAAUUCGACCUCUGCAACUUCUUCCCCGCCAUUCCCAAUGAGGACUGGCACGGCCACGAGAGUCACCUGAGCCCCAGCGGGGGCGUCCGUUUCAACCUGGCCUGCUUCGUCAUUCGCUCCGAGGGCCGCACCAUCGCCGUCGACACCGGUCUGGGUCCCAAGCCCACGCCAGACACACCCUGGGGCGAGUUGCUCAACGACUUCGCCGCCCACGGCAUGAAACCCGAAGACGUGGACAUGGUCGUGAUGACGCAUGCCCACCGCGACCACAUCGGCUGGAACGUGGUAUCCCAGGAUGGCAAAUACGUCCCCACCUUCCCCAACGCCCGCUACUACGUCAGCACCAGGGACUGGGAGGCUUGCCACGACCCCGCCCUCAUUGAAACACGCUUUCCCAACGCCCCCGACUGCGUGUGGCCACUGGAGGACCUGGGAGUGCUUGAACUGAUGGAGGGGGAGCACGUGCUCACCAGUGAGCUGACCAUGCUGCCGACACCGGGCCACACCCCCGGGCAUAUGAGCAUCGCGAUCUCCUCGCAGGGCGAACAGGGAUUGGUGCUGGGCGACGUGCUGCACAACACAGUCCAGAUUGAAAACACCGACUGGGUGUCCCGCGCCGACAUAGAUCCCGAGACAACCCGCAUCACCCGCAGGAAUCUGAUGGAUCGCCUGGAACGGGACGGCAUACCCGUCGCCGCCGUCCAUCUCGCGUCCCCUGGCUUCGGCCGUAUCGUCCGCACCGAAGGGCGCCGCUAUUGGCAGGCCAUCUAG